GGCUGUUGGUCGCGAAAAAUCCAUGGUUGAUGGAUUUAUCGGAUUCUUCGGAGUGUUAGAUGUCGCUUAUGGAUUUCCGUACGAAUCUACCUAAGUGACCCGCCAGCUCUAAUCCUUGGUGCAGUGUAGAUUGUGAAUAUUGGAGACGUGAAAAGAAAUUGGUGUAAAUCAAUCUACAAGAUUGAGAGUGGAAAGAACGUGUCGUAACUGAAACUAAGUUCAAGUUCACUAAAUCAUACACAAACGACGAACAUCAAAAACUGAAUCAAACCAACCGAUCGAAGAUAAUAGAAAAGAUCCAUCAAGCGGGAUGAAACAAUAAUCGUUGAACACCAAACUUUAGGGAUAAAUGUUUUUCUUCGACCUCAUUUAGGAUUGUCGGUUAUGAGCCUCAGUGGAUUAUGUUAAUGUUUCUUUCGACAGUUUGUUUUGAGUAAUGGAAGUUGUCCCACUUUGAAAACAUCUGUGCAGAAGUAUGGAUCCACCAUCUGUGUAGCGAAAUGAUAUGCCGAAUUGGACUUAUAUUUUCUUGAAUCGAUUCUUGAAUUUGAAUGAAGUCCCUCUAGGUCCCAGAAAAAAUAAAUGACAUAAUUUCUUCCGACGUUUCUAUCUUCAUAUGAUUAUAUAUGUAUAUAAUAUUGAACUCUGUGCAUUUCCGCAUAUUUUCUUCUGAAAAAUCAAUUCCGAUUAACGAUACCCAAUAGAACUCGAACCGGAAUCGAUCAGCUUGGCUAGCUAUAAUCAAUUUUACGCCUUUUUUCUUUCGGGUAGUAAACAGGCACUCGUGUUUUCGGUCACAAGCCGGCUCCAACAGAUUCGUCUUUUUUUUCUGUGACGACCAAACACGUUGCAUUGGCAUAAUAAAAGGUUGUAAUAAAAAAUGGUUAUGAGAAUACAAUAUGCCGCACAUAUAGUGGAUGGAGUUGCUGCUAGUUAGAAAGCGGAUGUGUGGGAAGCGGAUCACUUAAUUGGUUUUACACAGAAUGUAAUUCAUUGUUCUGGGAAAAUUUCCAACGAUGUCAGCCCAUGCAUGAUUUUUUACUUUGUUGAUACGGCCCAGAACAGAUGAAAAUUUAUUCAAUCAUGAAAGAUUCGCCGCCGAGGUAUACGCAGAGAAGAAUGGGAUAAUAUGUCUUCCUUCAUAUGUUGACUUUAUCGGUUCAACAUAAAAUGUGUGUCUGCCUACGGCUAUGUCAUAUAUUUGAAAGAAGCCAACAAGAUCAGCCCAACAGCAUCGUGAAAGGAUAUUCGUUAUCUCGUGCGUGUGGAGUGUCUGGCGCACGGUGAAAUAAAAGGCAAUUUAUGUGUGCGGAAUGAUGCGGGAAAUCUAUCAUGAUAACAUAAAUUGGAUUCCACUAAGUUUAACAAAACGAUUUCCAAUACCUGUGAACUGUGCCCUCGAUGGGCAGUGGCAUCUCAGAGUGCAGUGAUAACUUUAGUGUUUAAAAAACAGAGCCAAACAUGAUGAGAGAAACGCAAUUUUAUUACGAGCGACUUACCUUCGCCAGCAUCGAGCUGAAUCUGCUUCUUAAAAACGUAACCUCGUUGCAAACGUAUUCCCGGAAUGCAAGCUUGAACGGUGGAUCCAACUCCGCGAAUGUGUCCUUCGACGGCCCGAACGGGCCUUAUGUGAAUAAAACCUCUCUCGAGUAUCCAGACGAUCAGUUCAACUACGAAAUACGGGACUCGCUGUGGAUUGUGAUACCGAUCAGCAUCAUCUAUUCGACUAUUUUCGUGAUCGGAGUACUUGGCAACGUGAUAACAUGCAUCGUGAUAUCCAGGAAUAAAUCGAUGCAUACGGCGACGAACUAUUAUCUGUUCAGCCUGGCCAUUUCUGACCUGCUACUACUGUUGUCUGGCGUACCACAGGAAAUUUACCUAACCUGGUUUCGAUAUCCGUACCCGUUCGAUAACAACGUGUGCAUACUCAAUGGAUUCGCCGCCGAAACAUCCGCCAAUGCAACCAUCCUUACGAUAACAGCAUUCACAAUAGAGAGGUACGUUGCGAUUUGCAAACCAUUUCUAUCCCAUACAUUAUCGAAACUCUCUCGAGCGAUUCGUUAUAUUCUUGGCAUUUGGGUGAUAGCCAUGUGCCUGGCGGUGCCGCAGGCGCUGUCACUCCAAAUUGACGAACAAUUCAGCACUUGUACCGUGCGGCGCGAUCAGCAGCAACACGUUUUCACCAUAUCGGCGGUGAUUGUUUUCGUCGUGCCAAUGUGUGUGCUAACGGUCCUGUACGUCCUGAUUGGGCUGCAGCUUCGCCGUCCGAAGGUAAUGAAGAACCGGAGAACUCAGCUCGGGAGCAGCGUGCGUCUGAAGCGCAGCAUCUUUAAGAAAAAAUCCCAACGGACCGCCGUGACAAUCAACUAUCCAACCGACAGCUCGCCUCAACACUGUAGCGAAAGUAUGCUCACAUCGUUCACACAACAACAACAGCCUUUAAGGGCUCAUCAUUCCCUACCCAUCAGCGGCAGCAGCAGCGUGGGCCGUAAAGAAGCAGGAAGCUUUAACGAACGCCUCACCGCCAACAACAAUGUACAUCUUGUCGUGGAGCAGACGUAUUCGCCCUCCUCUGAAAAUGGACGGAUUAACUAUCCCAGUCGAGCGCAGUAUCACAGUACAAAGCGUGUGGUAAAAAUGUUGGUUGCUGUUGUCAUUGCAUUUUUCCUCUGUUGGGCGCCAUUUCACGCCCAAAGACUGUUCGCGGUGUAUGGUAACGAUCAAAAUCACCACCAAGCAAUACAAAUAGCGUAUCAAAUACUGAACUACACCUCCGGAAUUUUUUACUUCAUGUCGACCUGUAUCAACCCAGUGCUGUACAGCAUAAUGAGCCACAAAUUCCGCGAGGCCUUCAAGGAAACAUUAGCUACUUAUUUAUACCGCCGUUCUGGUCUUCCACUAAGACAGCAUAUGUUUUUUAGGAAUGUCUCACUGCGCUCAAAUUCCAAUAAUUCGCAUUCGAUGAACACGUGCUGCUCAUCGGCUGGCUACACAUCUUAUGGCGGUGGCGCGAAUUCAGUGCCCCCCAGCAAUGACCCUGUCGACGCUUGCACAAAUCAGCACUAUCUCCGCUACCUGGAGCCCGACUUGGCGCGGCUGAGGCGUCCCGUGGUGGUAUCGUUCCGGAAGAUUCCUCACGACACGGGUGGGGUCGGACAACGACAGGAAAUUUUCCAUCUGAAUGAAUACCACACCAGAAAACGAUCCAUCAAGAGUGUUCAUGAGACCAGUUCGGUGCCAUCUCGCCGGUGUUUCCACCUACGCAAGCUAACGCAAUGUACCGAUAUUUGUUGGAGCAAAAGAUAUCUAGAUUCAGGGAGUCUCUCUACGCCAAACUGCAUCAGAAGCAGGAGCAGCUUCGCGGGACCAAGCUGGUUACCAAUCGAGAACAAUAAAUGCAGAAUUCAAACACAAACGAUCCAACAAGAUGACAUUUCCGAAGGCAUUUUUAACAAUUGCAACGGCAAUGAAAAUUGUACUAUGACAACAAGUGUCACCAUCGAAAACAUAUCAACUCCCCUACAAAAAUGUGAAUACGACCUGUAUCCUCACUUGAGGCAUAUGAAUCUUCUAUCGAAUCCAGACAUCAGAGAAAGCUCAUCGGGGACACAAUCUGCAAACGACAAGCGAGACGCAUGUACUUCACCAACGAAAAAUACUCAUCAGCCUCCGAGGACAGAAUUUUUCACCAUCUCACAACUCACAGACCAAAACAUAUCCUCUAACAAAAAGCUCUUCCGGGUUGUCGACGCUGUAAGCUUCGACGAUUCGAUCAAAAGUACGAAAGCACACCACCAGUGGGGCCAUCUCAGGGAUGCCACCCCCACUCAGCUGCGGGGAGCUUUGGUUAGGAAAAGCCACAGCUUUCCAUCGAUCCAUGCGCCGCACGGACAGUAAAUACGAACGAGCUCCGUUUUGUGGCACUACAUAUCAAAGAACGCACAAUUGAUGUGACCCUGUAGAGAGGCGAUAAAUCCAAACCAAAAGGGUUGUCUGUGCCAUGAGUUAAUCAGCAGUUCAAGUAGUGGAUAAUAAGCAAUAAAAUGAAACAGUUCGUUGCCAACGAUUUGUAACUCAAAAGCGAUUGAAAAUAUAUUCGCCUCUGGUAGAUACAUUAAAAUAGAGUCGAUUAGCGUUGAAUUUUAACACAUUUUAACUAUCUGUUAUACUGUGAUUUUAUGAAUUAUUUAAAUUUAAUUCAGAAUGUUCGUUUAAUAUUAAAAUAUUUAUAA